CAGGCGCAUGCGCAGUGCAGCCUUACGUGGCAUUGUGGCAACAACUGCAGUUACAGUUCCGGCAGCAAAUUAAUUUUCUUUUUAAUAUUUAAUUAUUUAAAAAGAAGACGUUUACUUUUGUUAUGGUACUUUAAAAAUAAUAAUAUAUUUCUUAAACAAACCCGGAGAUCAUUCGCUGGGAGAAAGAGUGCCUUUACUGAAGCAUAAUUCACAGUAACGAUGCCAGAACUUCAAGGGCUUCCAACCUCUCAAGGUCUUCCAUUUCCUGGCCAGACUGUCAAUUCGAGUCCUCAAGUUCAUGAUCAACAAAUACAAAACCAGAUAAAUCAAUAUCCUGGACAACAGCCGCUUUUAAAAAAACCAUCUUCGCUGUUGGAUCAAACAAACUCUCCUGGUUAUCCACAAAUUCAACAUCAAAAUUCAAUGCUUGGACAAGUAAAUUAUCCCGGUCCUCAACAAAAUCAAUAUUCAUCGAAUUUAAAUUCAGGAGAGAAAAAUUCCUUCGCUCCUCAACAAAAUCAAUUUCCUUCGAAUUCAAUUCCAGGACAUGCAAACUCUUCUGGACCACCGCAACAGCAAUAUCCUAAUUUACUACCAGGACAAGUGAAUUCUUCAGGUCCGCAAAAUCAAUUUCCACCAAGUUUUUCGAAUCCGCAAAUGAUGAUGGCAGCCGGUAAACAAAAUCCACCUGUCCACUUGUUGUCUGGACAGUCAAAUAAUUCGCCAGUAGCACCACAAAAUUUGGUGGGACCUGGACAACCUCCAAUGGGACAACAAAAUUCACAUCCAGCAGUUUCUCCAAUGCCGGGGCAACAGAAUUUUUCUGGCCUACUACCACCGGGACAAAAUCAGCACAAUCAUUCUGUGAUGUCAGGUCCCCCGAUGCCUGGUGCGAGAGGGCCUAUGAUGCCAGGACAAUCCAACCUGCAGGGUCCGAUGGGAGGUCCUCCAAUGUCAGGGCAACCAAAUCUACAAAGUCCGAUGGCAGUUCCACGAAAUCCAAUGGCGGGCCCCCCAAUGGGAGGGCAACCUAGUCUGCAAAGUCCAAUGGCAGGUCCACCGAUGCCAGGACAACAGAACUUCCCCAGUCCGAUGGGAGGACAGAAUCUGUCAGGACAGCAGUAUCCGGGACAGCAGCUCCACUUGGCGAACAAUCAGGCUCCGUACAUGUCGGGACAGGGCUACCAAAACCCGCCAGACAUGUACGCGAACCAAAGAAGUCCCUACGGGUACCAACAGCAGCAGCAAGCCAGGAGACUCGACCCCGACCACAUGCCGAGUCCCAUUCAAGUGAUCCAGGACGACAGGAACACUCGAAGUGGGAGCUUCAUCACCAAUCAGAAGGGCCUGGUGCCGCCCCUAGUGACCACCAAUUUCACCGUCCAGGACCAGGGCAACGCUUCCCCGAGGUUCGUGCGCUCCACGAUGUACACCGUCCCCACAAACACCGACAUAAUGAAGCAAACGAGCGUCCCCUUCAGUCUGAUCCUGAGCCCCAUGGCUCGGGUCGAAGAAGGCGAGUACGAACCCCCAAUCGUCGACAUGGGCGAAAUCGGCCCCGUGCGCUGCAUCCGCUGCAAGGCCUACAUGAGUCCCUUCAUGCAGUUCAUCGACUCUGGUCGCCGCUUUCAGUGCAAUUUCUGCAAAGCCACUACCGAAGUUCCGGCGGAGUAUUUUCAACACCUGGACCACACCGGUCAGCGAAUGGAUCGCUACGAACGGCCCGAGCUGAUGUUGGGUAGUUACGAGUUCAUCGCCACUAAGGACUACUGCCCGGAGCAAAAGUUCCCCAACCCUCCGGCAGUGAUUUUCGUCAUCGACGUCACUUACAAUACGAUAAAAUCCGGUCUUGUCAAUCUCAUCUGCUCGGAGAUGAAGAACAUCAUCAGGAACUUGCCGAUCGACGUGGGCCAGACGAGAACCAGAAUGAAAGUCGGUUUUAUCACCUACAACAACACGGUGCACUUCUACAACAUAAAAUCCUGUUUGGCCCAGCCGCAGAUGAUGGUCGUCGGCGAUGUUCAGGACGUCUUCAUGCCGCUGCUCGAUGGCUUCCUCUGCGACGCCGAAGAGAGUCUCGAGGUCAUCAACAGCCUCAUGAACCAAAUACCGAACAUGUUUGCAGACACCCGCGAGACCGAGACGAUCCUGGCGCCGGCCAUCCAAGCCGGUCUCGAAGCCCUGAAAGCCUCCGAAUGCUCUGGCAAGUUGAUGGUCUUUCACUCCUCCCUCCCAAUCGCGGAAGCUCUCGGCAAACUGAAAAACCGCGACGACAGAAAACUACUCGGCACGGAGAAGGAGAAAACGGUCCUGGCCCCGCAGAACAACGUCUACAACACCCUGGGCCAAGACUGCGUCGCCGCUGGGUGCAGUGUGGACCUCUUCCUCGUGAACAACUCCUACAUUGACGUCGCGACCAUAGGCCAAGUGUGCCGACUCACCGGCGGCGAGGUCUACAAGUACACCUACUUCCAGGCGGACAUCGACAGUGAGAGAUUAAUUGCGGACAUUGUCAACAACGUCAGCAGACCGAUAGGCUUCAAUGCCGUAAUGCGGGUUCGAACUUCGACCGGAGUGAGGCCCACGGACUUUUAUGGGCAUUUUUACAUGUCGAACACGACCGACGUGGAAUUGGCGAGCAUCGACUGCGACAAGGCGAUUGGAAUUGAAGUCAAGCACGACGACAAACUCGCCGAGGAGGAGGGAGUGUUCGUUCAAGCGGCUCUUCUCUACACUUCCUGCAGCGGUAUCAGACGGUUGAGAAUUAUUAAUCUCAGCCUGAGGACUUCGUCCCAAAUGGCCGAACUUUAUCGCGCCUGUGAUCUUGAUGCCAUGGUUAAUUUCUUCUCGAAAGAAGCUGUUUUCAAACUAUUGGAGCACCCACCAAAAGCAGUGAAGGAACAUCUCAUGGCAAGAUGUGCGAAUAUUCUGGCUGCCUAUAGAAAAAAUUGCGCUGCUCCCAGUAGCGCAGCGCAGCUGAUUCUCCCAGAGUGUAUGAAACUCUUGCCUUUGUAUGUCAAUUGUUUAAUGAAGAGCCACGCGAUUUUUGGUGGUGCGGAUAUAUCAAUUGAUGACAAAUCUUACGAAAUGCAGGUAGUUUCCAAAAUGCCUGUUCACACAUCAGUAAAUUAUUUUUAUCCCCGAAUGUUUUCUUUGCACACAUUGGAUAUGCAGGAGAUAGAUUUGUCGCAAACGUUACGUUGUUCUAUUGAGAAAAUUACUGACGAUGGAUGCUAUUUAAUUGAAAAUGGAGUUCAUAUGUUUUUGUGGCUGGGACUGGGACUCAAUUCCCAAUGGGUUCAAGAAGUCUUCGGAGUUCCGUCUGUCGUUCAAAUUGACACGGAUCGCCCGAAAAUUCCGAUUCUCGACUCUCAACUCAAUAGAAAAGUCAAUGAUUUAAUUAAUCGAGUAAAUGAUGAACGACAUCCCCGCAUGAGGUUGAUAAUGGUGAGACAGAGAGAUAAAUUGGAAAUGGUAUUUCGACAUUUUCUUGUCGAGGAUAAAGGAACAGAUGCAAGUGCAAGUUACGUUGAUUUUCUUUGUCAUAUGCAUAAAGAAAUACGAGGACUUCUUAGCUAAAAAUUAAAUAUAUGUAUUAUAAAAUUUCCUAAGGAAAUAAUUGAAUUUUAUACUAUAAUCGAAGAGAGAGAGAAAAAGAGAGAUCAUUUACGUUGCAAAGAGAAAAAUUAUUUACAACU